CUUGUUGCACGCGGUUUUUGGAUUAUAAAGGCGUCCGUCAUGACCUUGCCACAACAGUCUGCGUUCUCAGUCGCAGCGAGACACACGUCGUGGCCCAGGUACCGCAGCUGGAUAUGUGUUAGCGUCAUACUCGACACACCACUUGCACGUCGGUGAAAAGGUUGUACGUGCAACGCGAUCUCACAACUGCAGCAUGGCGAUACUUUUCAACUCCUGGUUGCUCGAUGCCACUUCUAUCUUAGUAACAGGAUUCGUGAUCCUGUACUUCUACAUCACCCGCAACUUCAACUACUGGGAGAAGCGAGGAGUACGCUCUGUCCGGCCAAAGCCAUUCUUAGGAAGCAUAUCUAGCAUCCUUCUGCUGCGAGAGAGCAUCGGGUGCUGGCUGGCCAGGAACUACCGCGAAACGGUCGGCGAGAAGUUCUUCGGGGCGUACUUCGUGGACAAGCCGGCUCUAGUCGUACGCGACUUGGAGCUGGUGAAGAACAUCUUCGUGAAAGACGCCCACGCCUUCCUCGACCGGAACUUUUCGGCGCGGGAGGACGUGGAUCCUCUCUUUACCAAGAACUUGUUCGGCCUGAAGGGGAAGAAGUGGCGGCACCUCAGGGUGAAGCUGUCGCCGACCUUCACCUCCGGCAGGAUGAAGAAGAUGUUCUACCUCGUGGACGAGUGCGGCAAGCAGCUGGCCAGCUGCCUGCAGCAGAGCGCGUCGUCAGGUAAACCUGUGAAUGUGAAGGAAACGAUGGCCAGGUACAGCACAGACGUUAUAUCAUCGUGUGCUUUCGGCGUGAACACAAACGCACAGGUUGACCCCCAGUGUGAAUUCCGAGCUGUGUUGAAGAGAGUGUUUGAACGUGAAAGUUUGUUUGACAAAAUAGCAUCGAUUAUGGUUUUUAUUCUGCCAUUCUUUUUACGCCUAUUUAGGCUGAAGGUUAUUGCUUAUGAUAUUGAAGAUCUCGUUCGGAAAAUGUUCUGGGAUGUUGUGGAGCAAAGAAGAAAGACUGGUGAAAGCAGGAAUGACUUUAUGGACCUGAUGUUGAAGAUCAUAGAUGAGGGUGAGGUGCGAAGUGAAGAUGCGAAUGAUCAAGAAGAGAUAAAUAAGGACAAUUCCUACAGUCUCACUGGGUUCUCCAAAGCAGAGUCCACUGACUUUGAAAUGAAAAACGACGACUUCGUGGCGCAAGCUUUCGUGUUCUUGCUCGCCGGCUUCGAGACGUCCUCCUCCGUGUUGAACUACGCCCUGUACGAGCUGGCUCUGAACCCGGACGUCCAAGAGAAGCUGAGGACCGAGGUCACCUCCACACUCGCCGCGAGCGGAGGGAAGAUGACCUACGAGACCGUGGUCGGGAUGACGUAUCUCGAGAUGGUCGUCUCAGAGACGCUACGCAAAUAUCCAACGUUAUCUUUCUUGGAGAGGAUGUGCUUGUCCGAUUACAAGAUACCUGGAACUAAAUUGACAAUAGAGAAGGGAAUACAGGUUAUGAUUCCAGUUCUGGGUAUCCACUCUGACCCGGAAUAUUAUCCAGACCCGACAAAAUUUGACCCUGAGAGAUUCAGCGCUGAAAACAAGAGCAAGAUACCACCAUAUGCGUUUUUGCCUUUCGGUGAAGGACCUAGAAUCUGCAUAGGAAUGCGGUUCGGCCAGAUGCAGGUGAAGACCGCGCUGAUACACGUGCUGCGCUCCUUCCGAGUCCGCGCAUGCGCAGUGACUCCCGAGCCGCCUCUCACGUACCAACCGCACGCGCUGACACACACUCCCAGAGAAAACAUCGUGCUGACCUUCACGAAAGUCGAUUAAAUAAUAAAACUAAAAGAGUGUGCUUUUAACUACUUGUUGCUAUUUCCAUUCAAAUGGGAAAAAAAAUAAGUUUUAUUAUGUAUCUAUAUUUCAUAAAUAUAUAAUAAUAUAAAUAAUAAUUCGGUCACAAAAAAUAAAAUACCGCACCCAUUACUGGUAUUGUUGGUAGUAUAGUUAGUACCCAGUUAAGAGAAAAAGUGCCCAGAAGGCCACCACGCAAAUGCUUCUGGUGUGAUCUUAUGAAACAACGAUGGAGGAUACACGGAAUGAAUGUGUGGGGAAAGCGGAAGUACCACGAGAAAAGCCCACAAGCUCAAGGCAACAUCCGCCAUGUUUCCACGUGCGACUGCGCCGAGGAUCGAAUCCCGGUGGGAGGUGAGUGAUCACUCAACCACUGUGGCUUCACCAAGUCUAAUUAACAUUGUAUCACUACAUGUAUUAAUACACAUUUUUCAUGUACCUUAAUGUGGAUUGCAAUAAUUGUUAAAGAUAACUUUUUUAUAUUAUUCCAAACAUUCUCAGAAAUAAACUAAUUUUUAUCACAACAAAUAAAUAAUAUAGGAGUGUCUUUAAUUUUAUAUUUAAUCAUACUAAAUAACUGUCCCUUUUGAAGAUUAGAUACCUAAACCAAUUUUAAAACAGGUUAAGAUUUGUCAGUUAUAUGUAAGAAAUCACAACCAAAUGUUUUCUAACGCAUUGACUUAAAAUUCGAACAUAUUUUAUAUAGUAGUGGAGACCGGGGAAAGUUUACACACAUUUAUGUUAAUGAAUUUACCUUGUUCCCCUAAAUAUUAUUUUUACUCCGAAACUAUUGGCAAAUAUUGAGUGGUUCCUUAAGAUUGUAUAGACAAAUUUAGAAUUUCAUUAAAUACAAUCUGUUAUAGUGAAAUAUAAAAAAUUUAUGCCUACGUCGUGUGUGUAAAUCUGCCCCGCUUACGGGGUAAGUGUACAUACAUCGCGGGGCUUGUUUACACGACCUUUCAGGCCUAAUUUGGAAGUGUAAAAAUAAUAUAAAAUUUCUACAUAACAGAUUUAUUAUGAACCUACAUCACGAUACACACCACAUUGAAUUUAAUAAGUUAUGUAUUUAACUGCAAAAAAUGUGUUACAGUCUAAUAAAACAUACAGUACAAA